GUCACUCCCAAACUUUUCCUCCCUGCGCUCGGAGAAUCAGGUUGACGCGCCCUGGAUGCGGGGCUCGAGGCUCGGGGCUGGGCGCGCUCCCGCGGAGCCGGAGCCGCAGAGCCUCCCGGGCUGGACUCGGGCUUCUCAGGAAAUCUAACAUUUUUAAGAGUUUGCUCCCCAUGAAGAGGAAACAUUUCAAAGGAACUCAGGAUGUAAAAGUAGAGAUCUUUACAAGAGUCUCCAUGGAUGGCAUGCCAAUCCAUCGUCAAAGAGAAGACCAUGAUAUCUUCUAAUCUCGUGUGUGUUUCCAUGUUCUCCGGCGAUAAUUCUUCCACUUAUCUUUGUGCCAUGGGAAAAACCUGAAGUGCAUGAGGAAUUGCUCCUGAACUUGUGAGCUUCUCUGUGGUUGCAGUGGCGCUUCUAGAACAUGACAAUUGGAGAUCACUUCCUUUUGUUGUCUGUCAGAGCUGAAGCAAAGAAUGUCUUUCCUCAUUCUCUAGUGCUUUGGUGUCUGCUUAUUCUUACGUUUGUUUCUGUAAUUUGUGCCUUCCGACCAUCUUACGUAAUCACAAGACAUCCUUAACGUUUUCCAGCACGGCUUGCAGGCAUCCGGACUCCUGGGGGGCUCACCCUCAUCUCAGUAAGCCAGCAGUCCCGGGCACUACCAUGAGACACUGCAUUAAUUGCUGCAUACAGUUGUUACCCGAGGACGCACACAAACAGCAGGUUGGCUGCCGAGGAGGCCCCCAUCACGGUCACCAGGUGUGCCCCACGUGCAGAGGAGAAAACAAAAUUCUGUUUCAUGUGGACAGUAAGCAGAUGAACUUGCUCGCUGUUCUCGAAGUGAGGACUGAAGGGAACGAGAGCUGGGGUGGGUUUUUGCGGUUUAAGAAGGGGAAGCGAUGUAGCCUCCUUUUUGGACUAAUAAUAAUGACCUUGGUGACGGCUUCUUACAUCCUUUCUGGGGCCCACCAAGAGCUUCUGAUCUCAUCACCUUUCCAUUAUGGAGGCUUGCCCAGCAACCCCAGCUUGAUGGACAGCGAAAACCCAAGCGACAUGAAAGAGCAUCAGCACCAACCCUCUGUAAAUAACAUUUCAUACGUGAAGGACUAUCCAAGCAUUAAAUUAAUUAUCAACAGCAUCACAGCCAGGAUCGAGUUCACGACCAGACGGCUCCCAGACUUAGAAGACCUCAAGAAGCAGGAGUCGCAUAUGUUUUCAGUCAUCCCCAGUAAGUUCCUCCCAAACAGUAAGAGCCCCUGCUGGUACGAGGAGUUCUCGGGGCGGAACACCACCGACCCCUACCUGACCAACUCCUACGUGCUCUACUCCAAGCGCUUCCGCUCCACCUUCGACGCGCUGCGCAAGGCCUUCUGGGGCCACCUGGCGCACGCGCACGGCAAGCACUUCCGCCUGCGCUGCCUGCCGCGCUUCUACAUCAUCGGGCAGCCCAAGUGCGGGACCACUGACCUCUACGACCGGCUGCGGCUGCACCCCGAGGUCAAGUUCUCCGCCAUCAAGGAGCCGCACUGGUGGACCCGGAAGAGGUUUGGAAUUGUUCGCCUGAGAGAUGGGCUGCGAGACCGCUACCCUGUGGAAGAUUAUCUGGACCUCUUCGACCUGGCUGCUCACCAGAUCCAUCAGGGACUGCAGGCCAGCUCUGCAAAGGAGGAGGGCAAGAUGAAUAAAAUCAUUAUCGGGGAGGCCAGCGCCUCCACCAUGUGGGAUAACAACGCCUGGACGUUCUUCUAUGACAACAGCACGGAUGGAGAGCCCCCGUUUCUGACCCAGGACUUCAUCCACGCCUUUCAGCCAGACGCCAAACUGAUCGUCAUGCUCAGGGACCCCGUGGAGAGGUUGUACUCAGACUAUCUCUACUUCGCAAGUUCGAAUAAAUCUGCAGAUGACUUCCACGAGAAAGUGACAGAAGCACUGCAGCUGUUUGAAAAUUGCAUGCUUGAUUAUUCCCUGCGCGCCUGCGUCUACAACAACACCCUCAACAACGCCAUGCCCGUGCGGCUGCAGGUCGGGCUGUAUGCGGUGUACCUCCUGGACUGGCUCACUGUUUUUAACAAGGAACAGUUUCUCAUUCUGCGCCUGGAAGAUCACGCAUCCAACGUCAAGUACACCAUGCACAAGGUCUUCCAGUUUCUGAACCUAGGGCCCUUGAGUGAGAAGCAGGAGGCCCUGAUGACCAAGAGCCCCGCCUCCAACGCACGGCGGCCCGAGGACCGGAGCCUGGGGCCCAUGUGGCUGGUCACGCGGAAGAUGCUGCGGGACUUCUACGGGCCUUUCAACGCGCGGCUGGCGCAGGUCCUCGCCGACGAGGCGUUCGCGUGGAAGACGUGAGAGCUCGCGCGCUCGCGGCGGGCCCGGCAGUGCCGCCCUUGCCAGGAUUUUGAAAACCUCUCUUCGCGGGGAACCAUUUCACUCGUGGCGUGGACAACCGCGGGACUCUCCCUCCCUCCCUGGGGACACGCCGACUGUAACCAUUUCAGAAUUUCCUUUGUGGUGGUCUGUCGAACAGAACAGCGAUCACCCUCCCCAGAGCUCCUCCCUCUCAGGCCAGUGGGAGCCGCUGCCUCAAGGAUUCGGUUCCGCCUGGAGCGGCCGGGCGAGGUGGGCCGGCCCCGCACGGCGUGUGGAGAGGGCGCCUCGGGAAGGCAGCCCGGCCCUGCUGCCUCCGCCGUCCGGAGAGCUUGAGUCUGGGAUCCGACGAAGCCCACCAGGGCCUGGGCAGAACUUACACUUCACAGUCACGUUUUUGGUUUUUUCUAGAGAUGAGGUCUCACUAUGUUGCCCAGGCUGGAGGGCGGUGGCUGUUCACAGCUGUGAUUGCGUCACAUUCACUUUCAAGACACUAUUUUGUCACGAUUGCUGACCUCAUCAGGGGGAACGGCAGCUCUUUCCAGAACAGAGGCUCUUCCAUGCUUUUCCCUUUUACUCCAGAGUCAGCCCUGCAGUCUCUUCAGAGAUAAACCCUGUUAACAUCACCGUUUCCAAGAGGAAAAAAGUAAGUCAGUUGUUGGCAGCACCUUCAUCUCUCUGACCUCCUCCCGUCCUGUCCUUGUAGACUUGACUUAGGUUUAAUGCAUUUAAAACAAACCACUUUCUGCAUUCGACUAGCCCAAGCUCUCUUUUCUGCCUCUUUAGAUAUUUUCUCAAGAAAUUCAGUUUAUAAUUGAAGGGAAAUUUUUGCUCUUAAUGCAAGAAUGUGCAACCUCAAGGAAUUGAACAUUUCAUGGAAAAAUCUAGGUAACUCAAGCCCUCAUCCUGUGUAUAAGGUCAUUGGAGAACUGCAGGGUUUUACAUUUUUAGUUCUGGCUGGCUGCAGGCUCUGCUUCUCCCCCUCCCACUGGAAUGAGUUUAUUAUCCACACUGUCCACCAUGUGUGGUCAGGGUUCCUUAACCGGUUAUGGAAGUACAAAAUACACGUGUCCUGAUUCAGAAACACAACGCACGAGCUGAACUCAGGCUGAACAUGCUAUGUUGAGAUUUGGAACGAGAUUGCCAGGAGCCAUGCUCUUAAUGGAAUCUUCCAGGCCACAUGGUAGCUUGGCAUACCGAUGGAUGGGCUGAAGGGCUCGUCGUUUCUUGGCAGUCCUGGGGAAGAUUGAUAAGAAUGCUUGUACCUGUGUGGCACACAGCCCCAGGUGGGACGUGGAUGAAGCUUUGCACCCGAGUGUUGUCAAGAGAAGCUUCCUGGCGACCAAAGUCUUCAGGUCAAGCUCUCGUCCACCAAAGUCAGAAAGCGCAACACCCACAUUCCCCAGUGGAACCUGCGGGAGGGAGACAGACUGGGCUUCAGUGGCCAGGGGAUCUGCAUUUGCUCAGCCAUCUGACCCCGGUGCUGUCGUCUUUCUGUGCGUGGAGGCGGGACACACAGCCCGUGUGAGGCCCACAGCACUGGCACGGCCGCGAGUAUUUCUGCCUCUGAAGGAGCUGUGUGUCCUGAGCUCCCACUUUCAGGGACAAUCCCGGCCUUUCUCUGCAGCCGGCACUGGGCGCAGCAGCCAGCAGGGAAAUCUGGCCUGAGCACAAGGAUGCUUUAGGGAGCCGUCACUUCAGUGUGUGAGUGUAUUUAUUUGCCAUCAGCGUGUGCGUGUGCGGGUGCGGGCGCAUCCUCUGAGUGGGUUCCCUUCAGCUCUGUGCCGACGCGCCCCCGCUCUGGACACAGCCCUUUUAUAGAUUAAUUUCUCUGCCAGUUACCUUGUCAUGUCCAGUACGUGUUUCACUCGCCACACCGACCGUUCUUACAGCAGGGGGUUUUGCUGAUGCCUUCCUGUGCAUGUGAACAACAUGUAGUGUAAUUCUGCUUCUUACAGAAGUACGACCGACGUAUGAUUUCCAAUAUUAUUUGGUUUAUUAUGCGGAUUUUUUUUAUAUACACAGGCCCAUCCUUUGUGCCAGCCGAUGCCAUCAGACAGUUUCCUCUGGAGGGCCUUUCUCCAGGGGCACGCCUGUUGCCCUGGCUACCUCUUGGUGGAGGCCCGGCUCUUGGUGACAGGCGGCACAGGCGCUGUUCCGGGCGGUGGUUCUCAAGCCUGUCAUUCAAAACCAAAGCAAAAUGGAGCAUUUCUCACACCCUGGUAUUGAAAUUAAUUUGCGUUCUCAAAAGCUGUAUAUCAGAUUGUAUUAAAUUGUACACCCUUAGUCAUGUAAGAUAUGGUAAGUGAAUUGCAGUCAUGCUGUACUUUUAUUAAUAUUUAACA